AUGAGUGAUUUCGGAAAUCAUGUGGUUGCAUUGGACUAUAGAGACUAUGGUGAUUCAACCGGUACAGCAUGUAUUGCCGGUGUUGUUGAAGAUUUGAUGUCAUCUAAAGAAGAAAUAGCAGUCGAAAAUCAAUCAGGAUCUAAUGAAAAAACAGCGAAGUUGAUAUCCACAUCGUCAACUCAACAAUCUUCCAAAACCAGUAAAAUUGCUAUAUCGACAUUUGUUGUAGCUGGUGGUACUACUUUUAUAAUUCUACUUUUAUUUCCAUUGUUAUUACUCGGAUACCCUCGAGUAACGCAUACAAUCGUUUUUGCAAAUUUUCUUACAACAUCCAGUAAUUUUCAACAACCAGAAACCCUGGGACUUGAGCGUGUUCAUAAUUUCUAUUUAGAUGUUGAACCCGGUGUAAAAUUAGGAGUAUGGCAUUUUCGUUCUCCAUUAGUUCAAGAUAAAAGUUUUGUCGAUGAUAAAGAUUAUUUCUCCAAACAUUUUUCAUCUCAAACGGAUAAAAAUGGACAAUUAAUACCGGUUAUACUUUAUAUGCAUGGAAAUGCUCUCGAUAGAGCUCAAAUUAAUCGCCGUGAACUUUGCGAUAAAUUGCGAAAUGAGCUCAAAUAUCAUGUAUUUGCAUUUGAUUAUCGAGGCUUUGGUGAUUCGACUGGUCAUCCAUCUGAACGUGGUCUAUUGAAAGAUUCUCGUAUGAUUUAUGAUUUUUUAAAUAAAUUUGAUAACGGUCGUCGACCAAUUUAUUUGUAUGGACACUCGUUAGGAGCGGCUGUAGCCGCUCAAUUAGCGGCACGUUUAUCAGAUGAUAAAAGUACAUCAUUAACUAGUGUUGUUAUGGAAGCACCAUUUAUCAAUAUUCAAGAAGCAUUACAAACUCAUUGGAUAUCAUUGCUCUUUAGUUGGCAACCAUGGUUUUCUUAUACGACAAAUCGUGCAUUAAUACGAAGUGGAUUAAAAUUUGAUACAAAAUUUCAUUUAACUAGUAUUAAUUGUCCAGUAAUUGUUUUACAUGCUGAUGAUGAUUGGACUGUACCAUAUAAACAUAGUGCACAGUUAGUACAAACUGGUAUAACUAUACGUCACGACAAUCGUAAAAAUAAAAAAUUAUUUCAAUUUAAAAUUGACUUAAUAUCAUUUCAUAAGCAAGGAUAUGGACAUCGACUCAUUUAUAGAGCACCCAAUUUUAUACAAGCAUUAAAACGUGUUACAUAUCAUGAAAUUCUUUUAUAA